AUGACCUAUGUCCGGCGGAGUCCCUGCCUGAUGACAGAUCAGAGGAGGCCUGUGGCGACCCGCGACAUUCUCUGGCUCACCAUCAACAACAUAACAGUAGUAAACUUCUAUCGACAACCGCACUACGAUGAAGCACUGGAGAUGCUCCUCCAGUGGACCACACCAGGAAGGUGCCUAGUAGCAGGCGACUUCAACGCCAAACACAGUAGCUGGCAAACCGGCCGGCUCGAUGGCCGAGGUGACGACAUCGCCUUUUGGGCCUCUGAGAACGGCCUUAACUUGCUCAACCCUGCCGAUGUGCCAACGAACCCACAUGGCAACACAAUAGACCUCGCCUUCUCCAACAUACCACUAUCCGAAGCUGUCGUGGAGGAACACCUGGCCACCAGCUCUGACCACUUCACGCUCAGCGUGACACUCGCUGACCUGGCUCCGGCCUCGGUGCCGCUAGGAAAGGUCCGCCUCACCUCUGACGACGAGCUCGCUCGUUUCGCCGAAAUGGUCGAUUCCGGAGCAACAGCUAUCCCGGCCGCGGCCUCGUCUCCCCAGGAGCUUGAUUCCUGGCGGGCACGCAGCGCGCCCUGGUGGACAGAAGAAUGCGCCCUCGCCGCGGCGGAAUACCGCGCGAUUAGGAGAGUCUACCCUCUCGGCUUCAAUCGGGAAGUCCAGCUUGCAAAGAGAGACUUCCAGAAAGUCGUGCGGCGAGCCAAAAGACAUUACUGGCGCAAUCUGAUCGACAGCUUCACUGACAGCGCCUCCGUAUUCAAAGCGGUCCGAUGGCUGAGAUCACCGGGCGCUUUCCAGCCUCCGCCCCUACAAGUAGGCGAUGUAGUUUACGAGACGCAGCUUGACAAAGCCAAUGCCCUACGGCGGGCGACGCUCGAGCGGCGCACGGCGGACGACGACAUCCCAGAUCCGUGGAUCCCAGUCGACACAACGAAAACCGUUCCUUCACGCAACAGCAUCACGGUACAAAUGCUCAAGGCGGUAUGGCAUAUUAUCGGAAGCCACGUCCAGCGGCUGUACGAAGGCUGCCUCACCAUCGGCCAUCACCCGAAGCCGUUCAGAGAGGCCGAAGUAGUCAUGAUAACAAAACCAGGCCGAAGGAACCUCUCGACCCCUCGUGCCUGGCGACCCAUCUCCCUACUGUCCUGCCUAGGCAAAGGUCUCGAGCGGCUCAUCGCACGGCGCCUGGCAUGGGCCUCCGUCCACUACGGAGUCCUCCAUUCACAACAAGCUGGCGCUCUCCCGAAGAGAUCUGCCGUUGACCUUGUUGCCGCUCUGCUGCAUGACAUUGAAGAGGCGUUUGCCCGCGGACAAGUUGCCACGCUGAUCCUUCGCCUCCGGAAGCCGAAGGGGCGCUUCGGCUACGCAGACGACACGGGCAUCUGGCUCGACAGCACCCUGUCGUUCAAGACACACGUGGAAAAGUGGACAGCCAAGGCACAGGUCGUGGCCUAUCACUUGAAAAGUCUGGCAAACACCAAACAUGGUCCUCUUCCCGGUGCCGUUCGCAGAGCCGUAAGAGCAUGUAUCGAACCGGUGCUGCUCCACGGCACCGAGGCAUGGUACCCCGGAUUAACCAGCCCGCGAUGGACCCAGCCAGCAAAAGAAGGACCAUCCGGGAUACAGCAACUCAUCCGAAAGAUGAACAAGUCGCUUCACACAUCCAUCCGAGCCAUCCUGCCUGUUUGGAGGACGACGCCGAUCAAUGCCCUCCAUCGAGAGAGCGGCAUUCCACCGGUGAUACAACUGCUCGAGGGGCGUCGCAUGCGCUUCGCGGCCCGCCUCAAGUCUCUCGAUGAAGCCCAUCCGCUUGCGAAACGUACAGUCCGGCCCAAGCCCCCUGUCAUCCACAGUGACCAGCUGCUGCCUUGUAGCAGGCGGCCAAUUCUCCUCCCUCGCCGCUUCGGCGACGAUCAGGCGCUGCCUCUGCAAACCGCCCCGAAAGACCAGUCAGCAGCGGAUUUCCGCAUUUGGCUCCGGUCAGUGCCACCACACACUCUGGUCGUCUACUCAGACGGAUCGCUCUCCUCGGAUGCAGCGGUCGGUUUUGAUGCAGAAGCGAAAGGCGCGCUCGAGGGCCUGCGCGCUGCCCUAAGCCUCCCACGAUCGCAGAGGGUAGUCGUUUGUCUCGACAACAUCGCGGCGGCAACAUGCCUCAGAGGCAUGCCGGCAGACUCCUCCCAGGAUGUCUUCCUCGAGUUCCAGGCCCUGGCCACAGCACACGGUGCCACGGAGGUCCGCUGGAUCCCCGGCCACACCAGCAUCCCAGGCAACGAGCAGGCCGAUGCCUUAGCGAAAGCAGGAACCUCUCCCGAGCCCGCAGGCGCUGUCCCGACACUGGCAUAUCUGCGCAGGGCUGCUGGGCAGCAGCCUAAAGUGCAGUUAAAGCCUGGUGGGAAGCCUCUGCACCCGAACAGUACAAGCCACUGCACCUAA